GCCGAAACCCUAGACCCCGCCGCCGCCGCCGCCGCCGCCGAUGGGAUCCCCAACGGUGGCCCCCGCGCCCCUCCUCGCCGCCGCCCCGGACGGCGGCGAGGCGGACGCCAACGGCGAGCACGAGCGGCUGCAGCAGCUGCAGAUCGUCCCCUCCUCCGCCGUCGCCCCCGCCGCCGCCCCCUCCAAGCCGCCCGAGCCGGCGCCGACGGUGGCCACCCACACGCGCACCAUCGGCAUCAUCCACCCGCCGCCCGACAUCCGCGUCAUCAUCGAGAAGACGGCCACCUUCGUCGCCAAGAACGGGCCCGAGUUCGAGCGCCGCAUCGUCGCCCACAACCAGGGCAACGCCAAGUUCAACUUCCUCCAGCCCUCCGACCCCUACCACGCCUACUACCAGCACCGCGUCUCCGAGAUCGCCGACGCGCCGCCCGCCCCCGACGCCGCCGCCGCCGCCGACCCCGACGCCCUCCCCUCCGACGACUCCGCCGCCGACGGCGCCCCCGCCGACCACUCCGCGCCCUUCCGCGUCGGCCCGCCCGCCAAGGUGCUCGUGCCGCCCAAGGCCGAGCUCUACACCGUGCGCCUCCCCGAGGGCAUCACCACCGAGGAGGUGGACAUCGUCAAGCUCACGGCGCAGUUCGUCGCCCGCAACGGCAAGACCUUCCUCGCCAGCCUCGCGUCCCGGGAGAGCACCAACCCGCAGUUCAACUUCCUCCGCCCCACCCACAGCAUGUUCCCCUUCUUCACCGCGCUCGCCGACAUCUACUCGAGGGUGAUGAGGCCCGACGAGGGCGUGGCCGCCCUGAUGAGGGACCUCAAGGAGGGGACCAAGGACCUCACCACGGUGCUGGAGCGCUGCCUCAACCGGCUCGAGUGGGACCGGUCGCAGGAGCAGGCCAAGCAGCAGGCGGAGGAUGAGGUCGAGAUGGAGAGGAUGCAGAUGUCCAUGAUUGAUUGGCAUGAUUUCGUCGUUGUCGAGACUAUUGAGUUUGAUGAUGAUGAGUUCGAGGGCCUCCCUGUGCCGCCUACGCUGGAAGAGUUGAAGCGCCGGAAGAGGAUGGAGACAUUGGGAGAGGAGGAACCCAUGGAGUUGGCUGAACCAGCCAAGGAUGUUGAGAUGGAGAUGGAUGAGGAGGAGAUGCAACUUGUCGAGGAAGGAAUGAAGGCAGCAAGGCUCGAUGAGAAUGAUGGAGGAGCACAAGUUAAGGUGGCCAGUAAUGAUGAUGAGCCGCCUAUGAGAAUUGUCAAAAACUAUAAGAGGCCUGAGGAGAGGAUCCCUGCGGAGAGGGACCCGACCAAGGUUGUUGUCUCACCAAUAACCGGGGAGCUCAUUCCGAUCAGCGAGAUGGAGGAACACAUGCGCAUCUCGCUCAUUGACCCCAAGUACAAGGAACAGAAAGAAAGAAUGCUGGCCAAGAUUAAGGAAACCACUCUUGCUCCUGAUGAUGAGAUCUCCCGUAACAUUAUUGGCCUUGCACGUACAAGGCCAGAUAUUUUUGGAACCACCGAGGAAGAGGUUUCUAAUGCCGUCAAGGCAGAAAUUGAAAAGAAAAAGGAUGAGCAGCCAAAGCAGGUUAUUUGGGAUGGUCAUUCUGGGAGCAUCGGUUGGACAGCCACUCAGGCAAUGUCUGUCGGUGGAGAAGAACAGGGUGAUGCCUCAAAUGCUCCUGGUCCAGCUCCACUUCCCCGGCCUGGCAUGCUGUUGCCCCGGCCUCCCCAACCACUUUCCUUGGUCAAUGUUCCCCGAUUUACACCCAAUCCAAUGCCUUAUCAUGUCCAACCCCCCCAUCAUAUGCAAGUAGUUCCACCACAUAUGAUGUCCAACAUGCACCAACCUCUGCCACCAGGUCAACAACACAUGAUUAGGAUGUCAGGUCCUAUGGGUCAUAUGCCAAGUAAUAUCCCUCCACCGCCUCCAGGCCAUAAUACUCAGUUCAUGCCUGGUCCACCACGGUUCGCUAUGCCCCCUCCCCCGCACAUGCAGAACAUGCCAACCAUGGUCAACCCCAUCGGAAUUCCCCAGCCUCCACCACCUUUGCCUCCACAACCACCUGCGGAGGAGCAGCCACCUCUACCUGAGGAACCAGAACCUAAGAGGCAGAGAACAGAUGAUGCAUCUCUGAUCCCAGCUGAGCAGUUCCUUGCCCAGCAUCCGGGCCCUGCUCGCAUCUCAGUUUCUGUGCCCAACCUUGAUGAAGGAAACUUGCGAGGCCAAGUUUUGGAGAUCUCUGUCCAAUCACUCUCUGACACAGUCGGCAGUCUUAAGGAGCAGAUUGCUGGAGAGCUGCAGCUUCCUGCUAAUAAGCAGAAGCUGAGUGUGAGGACUAGUUUCCUCAAGGACAAUCUUUCUCUUGCUUAUUACAAUGUUGGCCCUGGGGUGGUCAUCAAUCUAGCUCUGAGGGAGCGUGGUGGGAGAAAGAAAUGAGCUUUUCUUAUCUCAGUUUACUCACAGGACAAUGCUUACAACCAAGCUUCAGUGGCUAUCAUGGAGAUUAUUUUUGUUGGUUGCUGCCUUCUGGAUUCUUGUAUUAUGUGUUUUAUAAGUCCAGCACUAUGAUUUGCAUUGUAGUUUUCGGACUUGUCUAUGCUUCUUAAUAUGGCUACAUAUUGUUGGA